AUGAAGAAGGAUUCCUUAGAUAGUGAGAAGCUUGGAUUUGAAGCCCUUAAAGACAAGGAGACAAGUAAAGUGGCUCUUAAAAAACUUUGCAAGGAAUUUCAACACAACAAAUUACUUAAUUUAUACAAUGAGAAUGAUAUGACACGCUUUUUAAUAAAUGUAAUAAAUACAAUGUUAUCAAUGCUUGGUUUUCAGGAAGAACUUCAAUUAUUUCAUCGAAAGAACUUUGUAAUGAUUUUAGCUGUUUUAUUUGGAAUAUAUGGUUCUGUUAUUGCGAAAUUCCCUGGUCAGAAAUAUAUUAUACUUUUUUGUGUAUUUGGAUUUUUUUUAUGUAUGACUACUUUGUUACUUAUUGAUUACUAUUCUCCCUGCCGUGGUCACUCUAUAUCAUUCUCUCAGCCAUCCUCAAGAUCUAAGAAACUUUCCGAAUAUUGGAUAUAUAAUAAGGAGGCAUACUACAUAAAAAUAUCCCUAGAUAGACCUACAGCAGAAAUGAAAUUUGAAGUUACUAAUACAAGUUGUAAUAUAUGUACUAGUGUUAAUGUUGGCAAACUUUUCACUGAAAAUGGCUAUAUGGCUAUCAAUUCACUUUUUAAUAUAAUAUCGAAGCUCUUAUUGGAUAUAUGGAAAGCUGAGAAAGAACGGAAUAGCAAAAAACAGCUUUGA